AUGACUCAGCCGAGGAUCAUCAUUGCCGGAGCUGGUAUUGGAGGGUUAAGUGCAGCUCUGUGCCUGCACGCCGCAGGGUUCACAGACGUCCACAUAUUCGAAGCCAGUUCCCAGCUCACCACGCUGGGAGUCGGCAUCAACGUGCAGCCCUCAGCAGUGCUAAUUCUCCGCAACCUCGGCCUACUGCCCACACUACUCGAAACCGGCAUCACCACCAAGGAACUGAAUUUCUACAACCGCCAUGGCGACAUCAUUCUGUCGGAGCCACGUGGCCUCGACGCCGGCUACGACAUCCCACAGCUGUCCAUCCACCGAGGGGACUUCCAAAUGCUGCUGCUGGACGUGGUGAAAGACCGGCUCGGCGACGACCGAAUCCAUCUCAACCACGCCUUCACCUCAUACGACCAAGACACCGCCAGCAUCACCGCACACUUCACGCAGCGCUCCGAUGGCCAACCGUCCUCAAUCCCCAGCAUGACGGGCAGCAUCCUCCUCGCCGCUGACGGUAUCAACAGCCACGCACGCCGCUUGCUGUACCCGGACGAAGGACCGCCACGCUUCUCCGGCCGCAUCCUCUGGCGUGGCUGCAUCGAGCGAGACCCGUACCUGACGGGCGCAUCGAUGAUUUGGGCCGGGCACGCGAACCAGAAAUUCAUCGCGUACCCGAUCAGCGCACAAUCGGCGAAGCAACGCAACAAAUCCCUGGUCAACUGGAUCGCCGAGCUGCGGGUCCGCGACGAGAACGACCCGGACCUCACGCCCCCACCCGUCGACUGGACACGCAGCGUCCCGAAAUCACGCUUCGAAGCCCCUUUCCGCCCCUGGACGUGCGGCGGGUUGCGCAUGGCGGACCUGAUUGAUGCAACGCCCAAGGUCUACGAGUUCCCCAUGUGCGACCGCGAGCCGGUCUCGCAGUGGACAUUUGGCCGUCUGACGCUGCUCGGCGAUGCCGCACAUGCUAUGUAUCCGAUCGGCUCGAACGGGGUGUCACAGGCGAUCUUGGACGCCGAGGCGCUGGCGAAUUGUCUCCAGAAGACAAAAGGUGGUGAUAUCCUGGCUGCGCUGCAGGAGUACCAGUCGAUCCGUCUCCCACCCACGGCCGCUAUUGUCUUCGCUAACCGCGGGAAUGGGCCAGAUCAGGUGCUGCAGUUGGCGCACGAGCGGGCGCCAGACGGGUUCAAACACGUUUACGACAUUAUCCCGAAGGAGGAGCUGGAGGGUGUUGGUGCGAAAUACAAAGCAAUCGCGGGUUUCGAGAUCGAGGCUGUCAAUAAAAAAGCCCGCGAGACUGAGUCACAGAUUGGGUUGGAGACGAAGACGGAGACACAGAGGCAGCCUGUUGCGGCGCUGAGUGUGAAUGGGUCGGUGUAG